AUGGUGAAGGUAUGAUUGAAUACUCACUAUGCUAAGAGAGACAGAAGCCUGGUAUAGGCUGUGUAUUACUUGAAGAAGCCACUAAGAAAGCUGCAUUGAACCUACUUCUUCUUCUUCUUGAGAGUGAGGCUGACUAAGGUCAGGGUGUUACUGCUGGGAAGUGUUGAUGAGACAGCGGAGUCAGCGGACAGGGAACGAUGCUACCAACAGAUAAUCACAUUGACACUUCCUGAUUUACUGACACUUAUCCUGAACUUUUCGAUCUGCCAGUCCUCCUGUAGGCAUUGUGUAACGUCCAGAAGUUGUACAUGCUGCUUACUGGCUACUGGCUACUGUAUACUGUUUGAUGUCACUCACCAGGUUUUCUCUCCCACAGGUGGAGGUUCUGGAUGGCAGGACCAGGCAACAGCUGUGUUUUCUAGAUAAGGUAGGCUACAGCCCACGCCCUGGCUAUUAGUCCUGACAAAAUAUUCAGAAUAUUCAGAAGUCUAUGACAAGUGCAUGAAUUAUAGUUCAAAUAGCAUGAGCUUGAACAUCUAGGUUAUCAUGGAAGUAUUUUAAUAUGUUGGUGUUACUUAUACUCAUUUCACUGAUAAUGUAUCUCUAUUUCCAGGUGGAGCCCCAUGCUACAAUAGGAGAAAUCAAGAGUCUUUUUCACAAGUCAUGUAUGUGUUUGUUGUCUGCCUUCAUCAAAUCAAUCAAAUCAAAUGUUAUUUGUCACAUGCGCCAAAUACAACAGGUGUAGACCUUACCGUGAAAUGCUUACUUACAAGCCCUUAACCAACAAUGCAGUUCAAGAAAUAGAGUUUAAAAAAUAUUUACUAAAUAAACAAAAGUAUAUAUUUUUAUAAAAGGUAACACAUGAAAAUAACAAUAACGAGGCUAUAUACAGGGGGUACCGGUACCGAGUCAAUGUGGUACAGGUUAGUCAAGGUAAUUUGUACAUGUAGGUAGGGCGGGAUCAAUGUAAAUAGUCCUGGUGGCCAUUUUAUUAAUUGUUCAUCGGUCUUAUGGCUUGGGGGUAGAAGCUGUUAAGGAGCCUUUUAGACCUAGACUUGGCGCUCCGGUACCGCUUGCCGUGCGGUAGCAGAGAGAACAGUCUAUGACUUGGGUGAACUUGCAAACUUGCUAGUCUGCGUUUGUUUACUUAUAAUCUGGUCUAGAAGUUAUAUGGUCCAUGUGUGUAACCAGACCGACCAGAUGCUAUGUCUAGUGAGUCUGGAACUGUCGGAGGCAAUGAGAGCAAUACAGCUGAAGUCUACUCCAUUGUGAUUAAUUACUACUAGGCCUGAAGCCAAACUAAACUGUGUGUGUGUGUUUGUGUGUGUGUUUGUGUGUGUGUGUGUUUCUGUGUUUCUGUGUGUUUCUGUGUGUGUGUGUGCGCGUGUAUGCGCGUGUGUCUCAGAUCAACAGUUGUAUCCAGCUCGACAGGACCUCAAGCUCGACCCCAGUAAGUGAAUACUGUAUGUGUUUAGAUAACUAGUACUAUCAAUCUAAACUGUAGCAGAGUGCUGCUGGAGUGUUGAGUUACUUAGUUUUACAUCCUCAUUUGUUUUUAAACAUUUGAUUGCAUUGGAUAUUUAAUACAAUACAAUCUACAAAGUUAAAAGCUGGAACAAAAGCUAGAUAGCUAAUAAAUUCUCUGUUGUCCCUGUUGUCAGGGUGUGACGUGAUGAUUAGGUUGUAAACUAGCAUGUACACUCUUAAUAUAGCUUGUUACUGAAGAGAAAAGGUCUACCGUUAUGCAAUCUCAUUUAGCAGAAAACACUGUAGCUAAAUGGUUCAAUAUCUACCCUGUUGAGCUUACACUAAAAUUACUUUCAAUUAUUUCUCCACGUAACAGGUUAGGAGUAAGGUCACCUAGCUGAGCUUGUAGGACAAGAGAACAUGAAACAUGAAUUGGUUCUAAUAGAGAAAUAUUCUUAGAAUCCAUGUCCUUGGUCUGUGUGAAAAGGAGCAGGACAACCAAUCUGCAUUUUAUUUUCACAAGGUCUUGUUUAUAAUAUUUUUCAGAAGGAAAAUCACUGAGGGAUGACGAUGUAUUACAAAACCUACCAGUUGGGACCACAGCAACCAUGUAUUUUAGGGACCUGGGUCCACAGGUCGGGUGGACAAUGGUAAGAGGCUGUGACAUACAAUAGAUUCAAACUGUAGUCCCCCAUCAGACUCUUAUUAACUUUGGCAUUUGACAUGAGCCUCUUCUUUCAAGUUUCAUGUUUAUUUGACAUGUGUAAUGUCAUCUUGGACAUCUUACAACCCUUUUCUUCUAUUGGCAGGUGUUUUUAGCGGAGUACAUUGGUCCCCUGUUUAUCUACCUCCUGUUCUAUUUCCGAGUUCCGUAUAUCUACUCACACCAGGAUGCCUUCACCUCCAGCCCCUACUCAGUGGUCACGUAAGUCAGGCACUAAUACACCCAAUAAUAUACUGAUCAGUUACAACUAACAUCCAAAUCUAACAUUUGUCUUUCUUUCUCUUUCUUUGACUUCAUCCCCCCUCCCCCUCUUCCUCUCUCUCUUCCCACCUGACUAUCUUCCUCUCGCUCUUCCCACCUGACUAUCUUCCUCUCUCUCUUCCCACCUGACUAUCUUCCUCUCUCUCUUCCCACCUGACUAUCUUCCUCUCUCUUCCCACCUGACUAUCUUCCUCUCUCUCUUCCCACCUGACUAUCUUCCUCUCUCUCUUCCCACCUGACUAUCUUCAUCUCUCUCUUCCCACCUGACUAUCUUCCUCUCUCUCUUCCCACCUGACUAUCUUCCUCUCUCUUUGUCUCUCUCUCUCUUCUCUCCUUCAGACUAGCCUGUGCCUGUCACACCUGCCACUACAUCAAGAGGUUGAUUGAGACUAUCUUUGUGCACCGGUUCUCCCAUGGUACCAUGCCUCUCAGGACUAUAGUCAGGGUACGGACCACAUACUCCAGAACACCGUUUCACUUUGACUUGAGCUACUUUACUUUAAGGUCAUGUAAUUUAUAGUACUACUAUCAUACUUUGCAGUGCUCCUUUACAUUAGAGUAAUGUAUUUUAUAGUACUACAAUCAUACUUUACAGUGCUCCUUUACAUUAGGGUCAUGUAAUUUAUAGUACUACUAUCAUACUUUACAGUGGUCCUUUACAUUAGAGUCAUGUAAUUUACAGGAUAAUGUCAAUUCCAACUACUUCUCCUCAAAUUCUCAAUACAAAACAUACAGUGCUGUUCUGUCUUUGUCCUAUCAAAGGUUUCUUAUACACUGCAGCAGUAUCAUUCUCUGAUUAGAGCAUAGAAAUGCAAUUAUACAUAUUUUACAAUAAUAAUAUAUGAGUUUGAUUAGAAACUGCCAAAUUGGCAGUAUGCUUACUUGUGUUUCCCUCUCUUUCUGUCAGAACUGUGUAUAUUACUGGGUCUUCUCAGCAUGGUUAGCCUUCUACAUCAACCAUCCACUGUACACACCACCAUGUAAGUCCUCUAUCAUUCAGACCUACCACUCAGUGCCUCAACAAGACUUACAGUCCCUCCUUAGCUCCAUAAAUAGGUACACCACAUCACAAUAAUAAGAAUAUCACAUCUCUCAAGGGCUCACCAAAACAUCUAAACUAACCAAUGGCUUAUGUCUCUCCACAGCGUAUGGGGAUAUGCAAGUGAACUAUGCACUGGCCAUAUUUGUGGUAUGUAUUGCUGACAGAAACCCAAAGAGGUCGUAAACAUGAGACAUCAUUAUUACAGAUGACUUGGACGUGUGUGAACCCGAUAUGUGUUUGUGUUUUGAAUGCAGCUCUGUGAGUUAGGGAAUUUCUCCAUUCACGUGGCCCUGAAUAACCUCAAGGCAGAAGGUGGGCCCAAGUGCAAAAAGUUCCCUCACCCGACGAAGAACCCAUUCACAUGGCUGUUCUUCUUCGUGUCCUGCCCCAAUUAUACCUACGAGGUCAGGCUGAAGACUAUGAUAAUGUUUUGUGACUAUAUAGCAGAGGUUUAUGGAAUUAUCAAUGUUUGCCAGUCAGGAAGAGUCACACACGUCUGUUAAUAAUACAGAAUAUCAACGGAGUAACAAAAUAUCUGUAUUUCUUAUCAUUAGGUAGGAGCCUGGGCGAGUUUCUCUGUCAUGACCCAGUGUCUACCAGGUCAGUUGAUUCACAUCAUAUUUUAUACAUUCAAGUUUAUUUACCAUAUAUACUGAAUACACUGGCCAUUUUACUCACCCAAGCAUUUUAUAUACACUACUUGUUUGUGUGUUGCCACGAAGGUACAAUACAUGCUCUAUUAUUUCUCUGUCCCUCCACAGUGGCCUUGUUCACCUUCUUAGCGUUCAUUCAGAUGACUAUCUGGGCCAAAGGGAAGCAUAAAACCUACGUCAGGGAGUUUAUGGACUACCCAAAUCUGCGUAUGCCAAUAAUCCCGCUCCUCCUCUGACCACACUACAAAGGUUUACCAUUCUGACUGUAGAAGUAUUGGGGGCUUCAGCCUGCUUGAAAGGUUGUGGUGAUUAGUGGGUCACUGUGUUUCACACAAAGCAAGAAGACCCACUGCUCCUUCAUCUAUAGCCAUGGCAAUGGUCUGUUAUCUUUCCAACAACCACUAUGCAAGGAUAGACUAUGCCAUUGGCUUAGAAAGAGAAGCAAACUAACAGUGUUAAGGAUUCAUAGACAUUGAGUAUUGUUGAUGUGUGGAUUCACUUUUUAUGAAUAUACUGUCUAAUAGUGAAUUCACAGAAAGGACUAUGUCAUCUCAACAAUACUGUUGAUUAACUGCUAAUGAGAAUGUUCCCAUUAAUAAUGUUUAGUUAAAUGAUUGAAACACAUCUAUAUUGAUGAGUUAUUAGUAUUAGUCAUGUUACUGACCAUGAUGAUUGAUUGACUGUUACAAUGCAGCUUUAGACAGUGGAAAUCGUCAGAAACUAUGAAGUUAUGAAUAUAUGAUUGAAGUUAUAUAUAAUCUACCAUAUUAUUUAGUUAUAAGUUAUUGUGCAUUUCCUAGAGGAAAUGUGUGUAUGUAACUUGAUAUGAUAUACCUGUUUAGGAAGUCUUCAGGAACAAUAUUUAUUAUGGCUGACGUGUAACGGGGCUAUUUUCAGUAUUUGCAGAGUAAGUAGAGUAGGGAAAGCGGAGUGUGUUAACUGAGAAGUGUUCUAGAGCCAGGAAAAUUGAAAAUAAAACUUUAGCAGAUGUUCUAAGUUUUAAAGCAGAUUUUUUCCCCCCUCUACAAUGAAGCUGUACAUGUUUGAAUGUAACGAGCAACCUGAUGAUUUUAACUUUGUGAGACGAUUGAGGAUAAUUCACUGAUUUAUUACUUUAUAUAUUGUUCAAUAUAACUACAAUCUGACAAAUUCUCAGGAGUUACUAGAUGUAAAAGGUACUGUUACAUACUGUACAAAUUACAGCCAAACUUGUAUAAAGUGUACAUAACAAAUAAAUCAUGUUGAUCAUUUAAAAGAUACAAGUCUUCUAUCAUGUCAAUUCAUCUAAAAGGAGUCAUGCAUAUUUCACAAA